CGUGCAGUUGGAAACACCACAAGACAAAAAGUCAAGACCAGAACAUGAAAUACACCCAGCACAACUGACACUCCCAGCUGGCCCGCGCAUAGCAGGCACCUGAAAUACCCCUCAUUGAUAAGUUUGCCCGUCUGCACAAUGUCGCGCGUCAAAAACAAAGGCAUCGCGCCGAUCCAAAUCACAGCAGAGCAACUCUUGCGUGAAUCCUUUGAUCGUUCAGAUGCAGGUCUUGUUGGUCCAAAACACAAGAUCAGCGAUGCUGGUGAGCUUGAGGAGUAUCGCGGUCGUAUGCGCAAGCAGUUCGAAGACCGGAUACGGAUAAACAGGCUACAGAUGAAUAAUUGGAUCAAGUAUGCUUUAUGGGAGCUUGAACAGAAGGAGUAUGCACGGGCGCGCUCCAUCUUUGAACGUGGGAUUGAUCAAGAUGCAACGCAUAUACCAAUCUGGCUGAAGUACAUUGAGAGCGAAAUGAAGACACGCAACAUCAACCAUGCGCGAAACUUGUGUGAUCGCGCAGUAACGACAAUGCCGCGCGUAGACAAAUUCUGGUUCAAGUAUGUAUCGAUGGAGGAGACACUCGGUAACAUUGAUGGAACGAGGCAAGUGUUUGAGCGGUGGAUGGCGUGGGAACCAGACGAGUUUGCAUGGAUCGCUUAUGUUCAAAUGGAGCAGCGUUAUGGCGAAUACAGCAAAGUACGGCAAGUCUUUGAGCGAUUCACCAUGGUCCAUCCUGAACCACGUACUUGGCUCAAGUGGACGCGAUUUGAGGAAGAGGUGGGCGAUCCAGACAAGGUCCGUGAAGUCUUUACACUCGCAAUCGACACGCUCGGGGACCACUUUAUGGAUGAAAAGAUCUUUUCUGCCUAUGCCAAGUUUGAGACGUCCCUCAAGGAGCAUGACAGGGCGAGAGCGAUAUACAAAUAUGCGCUGGAUCGCAUGCCACGGUCAAAGAGCAAACAACUUCAUCGGGACUAUACCACCUUUGAGAAGCAAUUCGGCGACCGCGAAGGCAUUGAAUCUGUUGUGCUUGCCAAACGACGGAUAUCAUACGAAGAGACUGUUGGCGCAGAGCCAGAUGCGGUGGAUAAUUGGUUUGAUUACAUUCGCAUGGAAGAAGCUGCGAAUCAAGUCGACAAGGUGCGUGACCUAUACGAGCGAGCGAUUGCACAUGUGCCAAUCAAGCAAAAACGGUAUUGGCGGCGAUAUGUCUAUCUUUGGCUCAACUAUGCAGUCUUUGAAGAAGAACAAAGCAACAUUGAUCGCAGUCGAGCAGUCUACAAGGCUCUGCUCGCGUUGAUUCCACAUGCUCAAUUCACAAUUGCAAAAGCUUGGGCAAUGCUAGCUCACUUUGAGCUGCGUCAGGGCAAUCUUAUGGCUGCUCGAAAGGUCUUUGGCCAGGCGAUCGGCAAGUGCCCAAAAGAUCGGCUCUUCAAGAGUUACAUCGAAAUGGAAAUGUCCUUGAAGGAAUUCGAUCGGUGUCGCGUGCUGUAUCAGAAACAGCUGGAAUACAAUCCGAGUAGUUGCACAACAUGGAUGCAAUUCGCAACAUUGGAAAUAGAACUAGGCGACGAUGACAGGGCGCGCGCCAUUCAUGAGCUAGGCAUCUCGCAAGAAUCGCUCGAUAUGCCUGAGUUGCUCUGGAAGUCAUAUAUUGACUUUGAGUUUGAGGGCGAAGACUUUGACAAGACGCGCAAGUUGUAUGAGCGACUUUUGGCCAAGACGAUGCAUGUCAAGGUCUGGACGUCGUUUGCGCAAUUCGAGUUGUCUGUGUCUGAACCUGAAGAAGAUGAAGACACGUCGAGGAAGUCUGCUGCUGAGCGUGCUCGUGGUGUCUUUUCGCGUGCGCAUACAGCCAUGAAGGAGAAAGACAUCAAGGAGGACCGUUUAACGCUGCUUGAAUCGUGGCGAGCCUUUGAAGAGGAGUAUGGUUCUGAAGAGACGCAGGACAAGGUGGCUCAACUCAUGCCGAAGCAAGUCAAGCGCAGGCGCGAGUUGGAGGAUGGCUCAUUCGAGGAGUAUAUCGACUACCUGUUCCCCUCGGAAGAGGAUGAUAUGAGCAAGAAUUUGAUGAAUGUGCUUGCAGCUGCUCGUGCUUGGAAGGAGAAGCAGAGUCAGCAGGCAGAAAGUAGCUAGGUAGCGGCUUCCUUGUAUCCUGUGAGUAUAUGUGACUGGGCUUUGUUAUCUCUUAUCUCGAUG